AUGCUGCUUGUUUUCCAUGCUUCUGAUGUGAUCCAGUCGACUGUAAUCACGAACCUGGUCACACAGAGCACCGCACAAGUGGAUGCGUACGCAGUGCGGUUUCUGCUUUCGAGUGCGCAGCUCGAAGUUGCAGCUGCUUCUCAUAUCAAAAACUCAAUUAUAAAGCCCCGCGGUUGGUCGUUUCAGGCUGUCUCGCCUUUUGCGCUUCAUCCAUCGCCUAAGUUGAAGCGUAACAGCGCCGGUCGAAUGGGCUGCAUCUUGACCAAAGUCUGUCUGGACGAAGACCUGCUGAUGCUGGGGGACUCAGCGCCGUACGAGAACGAGCCAGCGACGCCACAGUCUCGCCGCUUCUCGCGGGCCAAGACGACGCUGCUAGCGGUGGAACCUACGAGCGACGUCUCUGGAUUGCAGGAAUCGACGCUCAAGAAAAAGCAGAAGCAGACGAAAGACGCCGAACCUCCGAAUCUACUCGUGUAUGGGGGAGGCGUUCCUGGUCUCGCCUUGGAUGACAACAGAGUGGAGUUGCCAGAGUUCACAAGCGUCCGAGAGGGAGGCUACAGAUCCACAAACGGGCGAUUACAGUGGGGCACGCACUCCAGAGCAGGCAAUGACCCGCUGCGACGUCGUAAGGAGAAUCAGGACGCUUUGUGUGUCUGUGACGCUCUGGCUGGAGACUCAGACGCUACUUUCUUCUCGGUUUUUGAUGGCCACGGACCCCAGGGGGCCUUUGUGAGCCAUUUUGUAAGAGAACAAUACCAUCGAGCAGUUAGAGAGGCGUAUACAGGGCUGGCUUCUGCUGCCAAUAGCAAUGGAGCAAGUGUGCUAACUAGGAAAGCGAGUGUCUCGUGCGACAUCGCGUCAGAUAUUUUCCAGCGAGCAGCGCGGACAGUUGUGGGUGAGUUGGACGCUAGCGCCAUCGACAUCAGUGUGAGCGGCACCACAGCUGUGGCUAUGCUAGUGCGCAAGACGGACGUAUUUAUUGCCAAUCUCGGAGACAGUCGAGCUGUAGUGGCGAGGUAUUCAGACAAGAGUAAACGAUAUGAGCUGCACUGCGAGACGAAGGAUCAUAAACCGGAUGUACCAGAGGAAUGUGCUCGAAUUGAGCGGAAUAAUGGACGAGUGUUCGAGUGGGGGUCCUAUCGAGUCUGGCUGCAAGACGUCGAUAUGCCCGGACUGGCCAUGUCACGCUCGUUUGGUGACUCGGUGGCCAAGACUGUAGGGGUGACAGCAGAGCCUGACGUGACUGCAGUGGAAGAGCUGAAGUUCAGCAGUGCAGACAAGAAAAAUGGGGAGAAACCGCCUGCAUUCGCAGUACUCGCCAGUGACGGCAUUUGGGAGUUCAUGACAACAGACGAAUGCAUCGCUUUUGUGUCUGCGUGCAUCGUUGACUCGAGAAUGUCACCUCAAGAAGCGUGUACAGCGCUUGUAGAAGAGGCGUGCGAUCGAUGGGAUGCUGAAGAAGACGUGGUUGACGAUAUCACUGCAGCCGUCGUCUUCUUUUGA